UUCGUUUAUCAAGUAUUAUCAACAAAAAGUAAUUACAUUAACAAAAAAGUGUGUUAUCAAUUUUGUUUAUCAUUAGAUUCAUCAUAAACCUUUUAAGUUAGUCUAUUGACAGCAAUGCAGUAAACACAAUCUAUAACGCUUUAAUAUGCUCAACCAACAGUAUGCUGGCGAUAUAUUGCACCUUAAUGUGGGGGGCAAAAGAUUCUCCACGUCCCGCCAAACACUCACAUUAAUACCAGACACAUUUUUUACUGCUUUGCUAAAUGGGCGAAUCUCCAGUUUAAGAGAUGAAAAAGGUUAUAUUUUUAUUGACCGCGAUCCCAAGGUGUUUUCGGUGAUCCUUAAUUAUUUGCGUACCAAAGAGGUGGAUUUGAACGCCAUAGACACUAGAACCUUGAGGUUAGAAGCAGAGUAUUAUAAUAUAGCCCCUUUGGUUAGGAGGUUAAUGUUAUGUGAGGAACUAACCCAAUCCACUUGCGGAAACGUAUUGUUUUAUGGAUAUCUCCCGCCUCCAGUUGUACCAGUUCAUGCUCCACAAAAUAUUGCAGUAGAAACCACCUUGGUACAUAAAGCCAGGUUGCCUGAAGGAGAACCUUUCUCAGAACCAGAUUGUGCUGCUGGUUCAAGUAGAGAUGCUCUGUGCCAGAGCAGUGUUCAUGGAAAAUCUCAAGGUCACUCAAGAAACUCAUCUUUGGAACUAAGAUUGCAGGCGCCAGGAAACUUUAGUAGGAGUUCCCAGGAUCUUAGAGGGGUCACGAACAGAGGACAUUCCAGAGCUGCCUCAUUGGAUCUGAGACAUGCAAGGAAUUCUAGCGCCGAUUUGAACAAGCUGGUCAGGAAUGACUUGGGUUUGGUCUUUGGACCUGCAAAUUCUAGCUGGGCGGAUCCUUUAAGGGUGCAAAUUAUCAAGGCUCACCAUAAUUGGAUUGUGGUGGCCUAUGCCCAUUUUGUGGUAUCUUAUAGGUUAAAAGACUCCAGUGGUUGGCAACAAGUAUUCACCAGCCCGCAUAUAGAACAUGACAUUGAAAGGAUCGCGAUAAACGCCAAAAUGGGAUCCACAGAAACUUCGAAGAUGGUAGCCAUAUCUUACGGCAGUCAGGUGAGACUGUGGGGCAUAUCAGAUACCGGAGCCAGAACCAAUAUUGGUACUUUCAAUCUUUUGGUCAGGGUGGAAUAUCUGUUUUUCAUUGGAAGCCAGUUGGUGGCUCUAUCACCCUCUGGUAAACUAGGAGUGUGGCACGCGAUGACCCAGCAUUGGCAGACCCAAGAUGUUAUGCCGAUUGCCUCGUUUGAUACCGCUGGUUCUAUAUUACUGUUGGGAUGUAAUAAUGGAUGCAUUUACUAUAUUGAUAUGCAAAAAUUCCCAUUAAGAAUGAAAGACAACGAUCUCUUAGUGACCGAAUUGUAUCGAGAUCCAAAUAACGACACAGUGACAGCAAUCUCUGUGUAUUUAACUCCAAAAACAAAUUUAUGCGGCAACUGGAUAGAGAUCGCAUAUGGCACCACAUCGGGGGCAGUAAGGGUCAUUGUACAGCACCCAGAAACUGUGGGUCAUGGUCCUCAGCUGUUUCAAACUUUCACUGUACACCAGAGUAGAGUUACUAAGGUCACUCUUUCGGAAAAAUUCUUAGUUUCCGUUUGUUCGGAGUAUAACCACGUGCGUUCCUGGAGGGUAACCAGGUUCAGAGGCAUGUUGAGCACCCAGCCAGGCUCUGCUCCUGAAGCCUCUUUUAAAAUAGUCGCUUUAGAGCCGGCCGAUCCUGGAUUGGGCCCUCUGGGUGGCCUCCCUAGUGGAUUGGCGUCUGCCUCGUUGGCCGGUAAUGACUGUGGGCCUUUUGGGGAGCAAGACGAUGAACAAGUUUUUGUGCAAAAGGUCGUACCAGAUGCUGAUCAACUUUUUGUAAGGCUUGCCAGUAAUGGAAAGAGGGUUUGCGUGAUAAAAGCUGUAGAUGGUAGUACUGUCAGUGCCUUUUGUGUUCACGAGUGUGAAGGAUCGAGCAGAAUGGGUUCAAGGCCCAGAAGGUUUAUUUUUACCGGACAUUCGAACGGCUCCAUUCAGAUGUGGGAUCUCACCACUGCUUUGGAUCUUUUGUAUAAGACUGAUACUGUAAAAACCGACGGUGGACCGAGUCCCAAUGAACUACUACGGAUGUUAGACCAAUGCGACAUAAGCAACAGUCUGUGCUCCACUCCCUGCAUGUCACCCUGUCCGUCAUUGGCUGCAGCUGCACGGUUAAAGGCUUGCAAUGUCGCCUUUUUAAAUCAGCAACAAGUGAUCGAUAAUGAAAGAAGCAGUAGUUCGACCUAAGUUAAGUAAGGCAUAUAAAAAAAGAUGAUUCGUUACGAAAAUGAGAUCUUAAAAGAGGUUUAAAUGACAGGUAUUGUGUGUGUAAAUUGCAUUUGAAUUAUUAUUGUUAAUUUAUAUAGUAAAUAAUAUACCUUAUAAA